AUGGCUUCCUUUUUAAUGGACCUUGUGUGGUGUUUGCUCCCCAUCCUGCUCCUCCUGCUGCUGUCUCUGGCUCUCCGCUGGCCCAGGGCAUACUCCUGGACACGGCUGGCUGUCAGGGCUGCAUGCUGGAGACUCUGGGUCAUAAUUUGCCUGAUCUUGGAGCUACCACUGGACAAACGAACAAUAACACGGACCAAAGAGGCCGGAUCAGCAGAGAGAGAUAUUUUGUCAGGGUCAAGUCAGGUCUCAGAUGGCCCCCAGCUCAUCUGCAAAGCAACUGCGUUGGCCAAAUAUCUGCUCAGCCACUGCAACUCUCUGGCUAGGCCAAGACUGGCCUCGUGGCCCAGAGGAGAUCCCCACUUCCAGACUCUGUCCAGCCUGCUUUUUGGACAACAUGGGGACACAGUACAGUUCACUAGAGACCACCUAUUACUAAAAGACGGGGGCAUUGUAGCUCUGGACUGGGCUGUGGGAACCAGACAGGCUGAGAGGAAGAGGUGGGAGGGGAGGAGGGAGCACCAGCCAGGGGGGAGGAUACCUGGCAGCAUCACCUCAAACCCUCCUGUCCUCCUCCUCAUCCCACAGUUUUGGGGAGGGAUGACCCCUCACCUAAAGAUGCUGUGCCAUCAGGCCAUACAUCAGGGCUUUUAUGUGGUGGUGUCUCACCCUCGAGGCACAGUGGAGUGUCCACUGACCACAGCUCGACUCACUGAGUUUGGAGACCCAGCUGAUCUCGAGCAGGUGAUAACAUAUGUCCACAGCCGCCACCCAUCCUCUGCUCUCUUUGCUGUGAGUGAGGGUUCAGGCUCAGGGAUUCUUCUUUCCUACUUAGGGGAGAGCGGAUCAGGUUCUUACCUGACCGCAGCUGCAGCUAUCUCACCUGUUCUCCUGGGCCAGCAGUGGUUUGAAACGGCAAUGCCUCCGAUCUACCACUGGGGGAUUUUGUUCCAGCGGAAAAUGCAGCUCAGAAGAUAUGCCGAAUCCUUCAGAGGGGUGCUGGAUGUGGAUCGGGCUCUCAGCUGCUCCUCUAUUAGAGAUUUCGAGGAAACGCUCGCCUGCUCCUCAUCCCAGCUUCAGCGAACAAAAACAAGUUCUGGACUGGCCCCAGGAACCUCCUCGAAGGGUCUGGCCCCCUCAGCGGCCUGGGAGCUGGGUGAGAGGGCUUACCCAGCCAAGGACUGGGACGGCUACUGGAAGAGGAACGAGCCUCUCAGAGACGCAGACGAGGUAGCGGUGCCUGUGCUCUGUAUCUGCAGCUGUGAUGACCCCCUCCUUCCACCUGCAACGUCUUUGCCCCUUCCCCUUUUCAAGAGCAAUCCUUACUUCCUGCUGGCGUUGACGGACAAUGGAGGGCACUGUGGGUUCACUUUAGAGGGCAAAGAAGAGGAGAAGGAGGGAGGGAGGACAGGAAACGAAGAGGUUGAGGAGGACAACUGGAGUCAUUUUGUAGUUCUGGAGUACUUCAGAGUGGUUGCUGAUUUCCUGAAAAAGGAGGAGAGGGAAAAUGCAGUGUGGGGUGCUGCAGCAGAUUUUAGUCUGGCUGGGCAGUUGAGCAGGAUCAGCAGCAUGGCUCCCCUUCGCAAGAGGAGAAACCCUGUGAUGAGGAGACCUAGACCAAUGGCAGCUCAGCAGAGCAAUGCGGAGGAAGAGGAGAACUUCACCUGGAAGAGGUCCUACACACGCUGAGAAGAAGACAAGGAAGCUGAAUAUUUGCAGAGAAAUAAUCAUCUUUGGAUGAUUAUUUUGUGCCUCCUUACUUUUAACAUCUGUAGUUGGAGUUUUACAGUAUAUGACACAAGGACACAAAGUUUGGAGGAAAGAAAAUCAGAUAAAUUCCAUAGGAAACAUGUUUGGAGUUGAGGAGAAAAUCUGUAUAAAAAGUCAGCAAAGACACGCACAUCACUUAUUCAGGUGCCGAGUGGUAAAAAAAAAAAAAAGCAAAAAAAACACUAGAUUUGAUGUACAGACUCGCAAUGCUAUGGCUCCCAAAGAUGUAAUCAUUUGUUUGCUUUAUGCAUUAGAGAACACAAUGUUUCAAGCCUGACCUUCAACAGGUUAUUGUAAAACAAUUCCCUGCAUGUUGAAAGUGAUCCCAGUACAAAUGUAUAAGCAGGUGGAAACAUUGUAUAACUGUAUCAGUAACAUUGU